GUUUUAGAGACCGUUGCCGGUGAGAAUGUUUCUGAGACCGCAGGGCAAGAUGCUGGUUCCCAGCAUGCUGCUGCUGCUUAUGCUCCCAGUGACCGGCGCCGCUACGGAGCUCUCCGUGACGGAGUCUCUUCAGUCCGGACUCGCUGGUCUAGGGGUGUCGGGCGACCACGGGCCACCGGGCCUGGUUUCGCCGGGGUCUACCGGGGAGCAGGUAAAGCAGGUACAGCCGGAGGUGGCCGAGGAGGAGGGGAGCCACCACGGCGGAGGAUUCAAGAUCGUGCAAUGGGAGUGGAGUUAUGUUCAGACCCCCUACAUCAUCUCCGUGUGGCUGCUGCUCGCCAGCCUGGCCAAGAUCCUGUUCCACCUGUCCCAGCGCUUCACCACGGUGGUCCCGGAGAGCUGUAUGCUAAUCCUACUGGGCCUGGUCCUGGGGGGAGUCGUGCUCCUGGCCCAUGAGAAGCAGCUCUACCAGCUGGAGCCGGGACUCUUCUUCCUCUUCCUCCUGCCCACCAUCGUGGGGGACGCAGGCUACUUCAUGCCGUCCCGCCUCUUCUUCGACAACCUGGGGGCCAUCACCCUGUACGCGGUGGUGGGCACGCUGUGGAACGCGUUCUGCACCGCCUUCUGCCUCUACGGGGUCAAGCUGCUGGGGGUCAUUGAUGAGAAGGUGGACGCAGGGCUGAUGGACUUCCUGUUGUUUGGGGCGUUGAUCUCAGCCGUGGACCCGGUGGCUGUCAUCGCUGUGUUCGAGGAGGUCCACGUCAACGACACGCUCUUCAUCAUCGUCUUCGGAGAGUCACUGCUGAACGAUGCUGUCACCGUGGUACUCUACAAGGUGUACAUGUCUUUUGUGGAGGUGGGCCCGGCUAACGUGGGGACAGCAGAAUGUAUGAAAGGUUUGGUCUCCUUCCUGGUGGUGAGUCUGGGAGGCACUCUGGUAGGCCUGGUGUUUGCUGUGAUCCUCAGCUUCACCACCAGGUUCACCAAGAAGGUCCGCAUCAUCGAGCCGCUCUUCGUCUUCCUGCUGGUCUACCUGGCCUACCUGACUGCAGAGCUUUGCUCCCUGUCUGCCAUACUGUCGAUGACGUUUUGUGGGAUUGGGGCUAAUAAAUACGUGGAGGCCAAUAUUUCCCAGAAGUCUCGGACCACGGUGAAGUACACCAUGAAGACCCUGGCCAGCAUCGCUGAGACCAUCAUCUUCAUUUUCCUCGGCAUCUCGGCGAUGGAUAAGACCAAGUGGGCCUGGGACACGGGUCUGGUGGCCUGCACCCUCGUCUUCAUCCUCCUCUUCAGAGCCAUGGGUGUGAUUGGUCAGACUUGGGUUUUGAACCGGUUCCGGCUCGUCCCAUUGGAUAGGAUUGACCAGGUGGUGAUGUCGUACGGGGGUCUGCGGGGGGCCGUAGCGUUUGCCCUGGUGGUCCUGCUGGACGGGGAGAAAGUGAAGGCCAAAGACUACUUUGUAGCGACCACCAUCGUAGUGGUAUUCUUCACCGUAAUGUUCCAGGGGUUAACUAUUAAACCUCUGGUCAAGUGGCUCAAGGUUCCUCGCUCCACCAACAGGAAGCCCACCAUCAACGAGGAAAUACACGAAAGGGCGUUUGAUCAUAUUCUGACUGCAGUGGAAGACAUCGCUGGUCUGCAAGGAUAUCAUCACUGGAGAGACAAGUGGGAGCAGUUUGAUAAGAAGUACCUCAGUAGGCUUUUGCUGAGGAAGUCUGUGUACCAGAAGAGUGAACUGUGGGAAGCCUACCAGAAGAUCAACAUGAGGGACGCCAUCAGUGUCAUCGACCAGGGAGGGAAUGUGUUGACCUCCAGGCUGUCCCUUCCCUCCAUGGCCAGCAGGAGUUCGUUCCCUGAGGUCACCAACGUCACCAACUACCUCAGAGAGAAUGGUAGCGGUGUGUGUCUGGACCUCCAGGUGAUAGAUAACGUCCCAGGAGCCAGGGUGGAAGAGGACAGUGAGACGCACCACUUUCUCACCGGGAACCUGUACAAACCACGACGACGGUACCAGUCCCACUACAGCAGACACUUCAUGCCGGCGGGGGAGCAGGAGCGGCAGGAGCGGGAGGUCUUCCAGAGAAACAUGAGGAGCCGCAUGGAGAACUUCAAAACGUCCAGACACAAGAGACACAAGAAAGACCGCAGCCAGAAGAAGCAUCGAGGAUCAGACACCAGGGAGCAGGAAGGAAAUGAAAAACCUCGACGUAACGUCAGUUGGCAGGACAAAGAUCCAGUGGUGGUUCCGGUGGAUUCGGAGAUGGAGGACGAGAGAGAGGAAGAGGAGCGUUCCGAGAAAGAGGAAGACAUUGGUAUUACGUUUGUCGCUCGCAAGGAGGAACCACCAAAACAACGACCUCAAUCAGUUCCAGCUGCUCUGGAGGCGUGUGACAGCCCCUCGAUGGCCUCCCCCACCUGCGGGGAGCGCUUCCUCCCCUGGAAGGUCGGCGCCGGCUCCCUCCCUCCCUGCGUGUCCGUCGAGGCCACCAAGGUCAUCCCCGUGGACCUGCAGCAGGCCUGGAACCAGAGCAUCUCAUCUCUGGAGAGCAUCUCCUCCCCGGCCUUGCCCCCUCCCGCCCUAAACCCUAACCCCAGGUUCUCGGUCCUCUCCCGGCUCGCCGGCCAGCGACCCGUCUCCUCCCCUCCUUGUUCCUCCAGCCAAUCAGAGAAGGAGCAGCAGAAGGAGGAGGAGGAGGAGGAGGCCUUGUCCGAGCAGCAGCAGGAGGAACAGCCCCUCAUGUCCGUCAGGCCCCCUGCUCCUCCUCUCAGCUCCACCCCCGGAGAAAGGAGGAGGAACCCAUGUGUCUACCUGAGGAGCCUGGUGACAGUGCCCCCUGCUAGCAACACUGAGACACACACCAGAGGACCUACUCAGCUGUAA